UUCUAUGAUUAACCUAACCACCAACUACGCAAAGUAACACCAACAAAGUUGUAUUUGGAAUACGAAAAACAAAAAUAGAAAAAAUAAACGAUUGUGAGAGAAAAUAACUUUUGCUUGCCAAAUUGGAAAACACCGUUAAUGUGAAUUGCUACUACGUUUCUAUUAUUUUCUUGAUUCUACACGUUAGCGCCGCAGAGCUUCAAUUAGUCUAAGUUCAAGCAGCGACUUGAAGCUGAAAUAUGGCCUCAGAGUGAAUGUACCCACCCACUUACCAUAUAAACAAAGUCGACAGCUGUCGCUUUCUUUUGGCCACAUUUUAGAGCGCAUGGACAAAAAUCAAGUACGAAAUUUUGCGCAUACGAGGAAUACUUCUAUGGAUGAACAUGGAUUAUACUAAACGUUUUUUAUGGCUUUCCGGCAUUUUAUUGGGUCCAAUUCUACUUGCAGCCUUGACGUUACAAGAUGCCGCCAGUCCAGUAUUUCAAAAUCACAAAACGAAAGAGUGGACGAAUUUAGAUAACAUAACAUUCUCUUUUGAUUGUACGCAUCGGCCGGUUGGCUUCUACGCUGACAUGGAGUACAAUUGUCAGAUCUUCCACAUGUGCGAUGAGGAGGGCAAUCGCAUACCGCAUUUAUGCGCCAACGAAACUUCUUUCAAUCAGGAGUAUCGCAUCUGUGAUUGGGACUACAAUUUCAAUUGUACAGAGUCACCGAAAUGGUUUUAUCUGAACGAGCUGACGUAUGCCACGGAACCACCCGAUGAAGAUGAAGAUUAUUGAAUAGCACCACCAACCAACCUAUCCACUCCCAAUCAUUCUAAUCGUCCGCUUCUUCCAAUCACUCUGAGUGACCUUACUGACAAGUAAAUAAAUAGUUAAGCGAAUUUGUAUUUAUAUUAUUGUAAUUAAAUCUAAUUUGUUACGGCAAAACUACUUAUUCUAAACUAAGCAUACAUAUUUAUGUACGAAUAUGUGUAUUUAAUCGAUGAGAUUCCGAAGCCGCCAAUUUCGCUUCGAGUAAUUUUAGUAAAUAUGUGUGUAAUUAAUGGAGUUUUAGCGCUAACGAAUUUUCUUAUUUAAAAUUUAAUGAAAUAAUAAUUUUUUAUAUAUAUGUAUAUACAUACGUAUGUAUGUAGUUGUUCAUAUGUAAUUGUAUAUACAAGUAAAUACAUUCGUAGAUGAUGUAGUUUUAAUUGU